AUGAGGUCUCCAGCCACCGCUAGUGCUAGCUCCGGCGCAGAUUUCCCCGACGCUCUGCCCUCCCCGACCUCCCCAGCGGCCGCCCCAUCGCAUCCCAGCCCCGGCCGCCACUACUACCUUGCCGUCGACCGCACCCAGUUUAAGAUGAGGACACUCUUGGAGCUCCUGGGGGUUGUCGCGGAGCGCCGCGGCGGGCUGCCCAUUUCGAUAUGUGUUUCCUCUCGGGAUGAGCUUGAUGCUGUUUGUGCUGCGGUCGCUAACCUUCCCAUUGUGUCAAUGUCACCGCUGUACAGUGAUCAGGCGGAAGCAGAGCGUGCAUUGAUCCUUGACAAGUUUCGUCAAGAAACAAUUCAGUGGAAUCAGACUAGUAAAGAUAUUGAUAUGGCUGAAAGUUCUAAGUCUGAAAGUAUUGGCACAAAACUAAGCAUUAUAGUUGCAACAGAUGCUUGCUUGCCUCUGGCAGCAAUGGCAGAGGCUCCUCUUAUGGCUCGUGUGCUGAUCAACUAUGAGCUUCCCACAAAGAAGGAAGCUUACUUAAGGCGCAUGUCAACAUGCUUGGCACCAGAGGGAAUUGUGAUUAACAUGGUUGUUGGUGGCGAGGUGGCUACACUCAAGGCUUUAGAAGAAAACAGCGGUCUGCUCAUUGCCGAGAUGCCAAUACAUGUUUCAGAGAUAUUAUGACAGUCUCAACUUUACAAGAUUUCAGAAGUUAUUAUUUUACUUCUGCAUGACCGCACUAACUACUUGAGAUUUUACUUCUGUUACUUCGAUUUUUUGGAUUGCUUUUCAUGAUACAGAUUGUUCCUAAAAUCAGAUCCCUCAAGAAUAAGAAUAAUGUUCAUUUCUUCUUUUUUCUGAGAAAUGAAAGAUUAUAAUCAUGGUUGAUGUCCAGAGACAUGAUUCUUUUA